ACAACGCCGCGGCUUCUCCCGGUGGGCACAGCCGGUGCGGGAGCCGGGGAAGGAGCAUCCCAGCCCCGUGUGCUCCGCGGGGCCCGGGCAGCGCGGCUGGAGCGAUGGCCCCUCGCGUCCCUUCUGCUGCUCAUCGCGGCUUGCCUGCGCUUGAAGGCGUGGAAAUUCACUGCGAGUUACAGGCUGAAACGGGAGGUUGUGACCCAUCUUUUGGAAAGAAUUGCGCCUGUUGAGUAGUACCACGCUGUAAAGUGGGUAUUAGCAGCAGUGGCUGUGAGACAAUAACUUGGUGUGCCUGUGCAGCUCCGCUCCCGACAUCUCGCCCACCUGUGGGCUCGGGGCUGGCGGUUCUGUGUGGAGUGCCGGCGUUUCUGUAGGUGCAAAAUGUUUAUCGCUGAAUGCGGCCUUUUAGCAUUCACCAGGUGCUGCCUUUUUCGUGGGAGGUGGGGGAUAAAUUGAGAGCAGAUGGGUGCUCAGGUGAGGUAGGGCAGGUAUUUUUUUGGGGAUCGCCAGCUGGGAUCAUUGUGGGUGGGGAGCGUCCCUGUUCCCACUGUGUGGGAUGGGGAAGGUUGUGGUAUCCCCUUUUUUUUAUGAAUGAAGCUUGAACUGUUGGACACUGAGCUGAAAUUGACGAAGAAAUUCCCUGACUUGUUACCAUGUUGAUAAUUGCUGCUUUCCAUGGGUGCAAACAGCUAUGGGCAACUUGGUCUUGGUCAUAAAGAGGAUGUGCUGGUUCCUGAGGCCCUGAAAGAUGUUUCCUGCAAAUGUCAAGACAUUACAAGCAUUGCUGGAGGAGGGGGACAUUCUGCAGUUAUCACUGGUACAGGACAACUCUUUGUAUGUGGCCACAACAACGAUGGGCAGUUGGGAUUGGAUCACACAGAGGAUGUGCUGCAUUUUACUCUGUGCACUGCCCUGUCUGGCUUUUGUGUGAAACAAGUUGCGUGUGGCUGGGAUUUUACAAUCAUAUUAGUAGGAUCUGGCCUAGUGCUGUCCUGUGGGUCAAACUCUUUUGGACAACUGGGACUUCCUCAAAUUUCAAGCCCAUGCUUGAUUCCACAAAAGAUUGAGUCUCUCAAAGAGAAGGUGGUGAAUGUUGCUGCAGGACUGAGACAUGCCCUUGCUGCUACAGACGGAGGUUUGGUGCUGCAGUGGGGAACUGGGAUGGCAUCUCGGGCAAAGCGUGCAAGCCAAGGAAAAGCCCUCCCUCUGUUCUUGACAGCAAAGGAGCCCUGUGAAGUGGCAGGCCUGGAAGAUGUAAAGGUGAAGACAGUUGCUGCAGGCUCCUAUCAUUCAGUGUCCCUCACAGAUGAAGGACACUUGUAUGUCUGGGGCAGCAACAAACACGGGCAGCUGGUGAGCAGAGACAUCUUUCUUGCUGAGCCCAAGAAGAUUGACACUCAGUUUUUCUCACAGGAAAAGAUUGGAGCAGUCUGGAGUGGCUGGACCCACCUGGUGGCACAGACAGAAACUGGCAAGGUGUUCACCUGGGGCAGAGUGGACUAUGGACAGCUUGGAAGGCACGCGGUGGUUCCCGGUGGGCAGCAGAGCACAGCAUCUGAACAGAGCUUGGAGCUGUUGUGUAACACCCCUGUUUCAGUUCCUUGCCUAAAUGGAGCAUCUCAGAUUGUGUGAUUACGGCUAACCAAACC